AUGGAAAAGAAGCAGGAAGAUUCCAGUGUUCUGUCAAGGGGGCUUUUUGGUGAGUCUUCUGAUGGUUCACCUCUAUCAAGAAAGAAAUUUUCACAUGCAUAUGGUAAAAGACGACGCAGUAUAAGAAAGGUUAUAGACAAAAAAUCUUUGGAUAUCGAUACUAUAGUGAUAGCGAAUACGGAAGAGUUUGAGCGCAAACGUCGACUCAUCAAACGCCAAACAAGACUGAGGGAACUACUUGGUGAGGAUGGGCUAAAUGUUCUAGUCAUAAACGAUGAAGUGUGUCUCGAAUACAAUUUUGAGGGACUUUGCCCCGUUGUUACCGUUCAUCCUUUCUUUACAAAGGUCAUGAAAGUGCAUCAGUACGAAGGUGUAAAGUUCAUGUGGGACGCUUGCUUCGAGAGCCUGGCGAUGAUAGAGGCGGGCCACCCCGGCGGCGGCUGCAUACUCGCCCACUGCCCGGGGCUCGGCAAGACUUUGCAAGUGUUGGCGUUGCUCCACACGGUAUUGACACACCCACGCGUCGGCAUGCAACGAGUGUUGGUGUGCUGUCCGCUGUCCACCGUCCUUACCUGGGUCGAUGAGAUUCACAAGUGGAUCGGACCUGUAACAAACAAGCUCAAGUCACGCAAUUUGAAGAGGAGAAUGCAGGUAUUUGAGUUAUCGAAGCGAAAGAAGAAUUACGAGAGAGCAUGUCAACUCGAAGACUGGUACAAAGGAGGCGGUAUCCUUAUUAUCGGUUACGAGUUAUUCUGUAAUUUGUCAGCUUUGGAUCCUGUAUUGGACGGAAUUUGCCCAACAAUAGUAAACAAAAUUCGGUUGGCACUGCUGGACCCAGGCCCGGACAUCAUAGUUUGUGACGAAGGCCAUCUCCUAAAGGACGACAGUUCGGUGCUCGCGGUCGCAAUGAACAGAGUUACGACCAAACGACGCAUAGUCCUCACCGGCACCCAAAUACAGAAUAAUCCCAAAGAAUAUUAUUGUAUGGUGAAUUUCAUCAAACCGUAUCUGCUCGGAAGCUACUCGGAAUAUUCCUACAGAUUCGAGAUUCCAAUUAUGAACGGUCAACACCGCGAUUCAAGAGAGGAAGAUAUUAAAUUAAUGAAAACGAGGACGCAAGUCUUAAACAAGCUGUUAGAAGGUUGCCUUCAGCGUCAAGAGGCGUCGGUACUAUAUCCGUACCUCCCCGAGAAACACGAAUACACCUACUUCAUACCUUUGACGAAAUGUCAAAGCGAUCUAUGUAAACAUUAUUUAACGCAUUACACAAAGUUUGGCGAGCAGCGUACAAUGAGAGAUUUCCACAUACUGCAGAAGAUAUGGACUCACCCGCAAGUGCUGCAUAAUUUCCACAUGAAAUCGUGGAAAGAUAAUAUUAGGAAAUUGAAGAAGAUAGUAGAUAACCUGGCGAAUGGAGACCUGACGGCCACAGAGAAAAUAAAGCCAGCGCAAACUGAGGCAUGGUGGCUGCAGUACUUAGAAGGGGGCAAAUUGCUUGACUCGUUGGAGAGCUCCAACAAAUUGCUUGCUGUCUUCCGCAUACUCGACGACUGCCUUGUUCGGGGAGAUAAAGUGCUGUUGUUUUCGACGUCUCUGUUCACAAUGGACACACUUGAGUAUUUUCUGGGGCGCACCAAGAACUGGAGCUUAGGACGCGAGUAUUACCGGCUGGACGGCUCCGUGCCCGCCGAGGUGCGCCAGAAACGGUGCCGCGACUUCAAUGCAGACAGCAACCAGAUAACCAAAUUAUUCCUUAUAUCAACUCCGGCUGGCUCGCUGGGGCUCAACAUGACGGCAGCUAACCAUGUCAUUAUUCUUGAUACUUCAUGGAACCCCGCACACGACAUACAGAGUAUCUUUCGAGUUUACCGAUUAGGUCAGAAGAAGGCCUGCUACAUAUACAGGCUGGUCGCUUUGGGUACAAUGGAACAGACGAUAUACGAGCGUGCCGUGACGAAGCAGGCAGUAGUGGACGAACAACAGAUUGUUCGCCAUUUAAACAAGGAUGAACUCACGGAAUUAUACAAAAUUGGAAGUUCAACAAAUUCAUCCUCCCAACAAUCAACGAUGGCACCUGCUGUAUGCAUUAUUUCCGACGAUGAUGAACAUUUCCUCGUCAGUGAUGAAGAUUCUGUUUACCUGACUAACGAACCUUUUCCGCUAGGAAGCGAAAAGUCUCCCACUCAGAAAAAGUUUUCCCAGAAUAACGAGGUAGUAAGUGAUACUCCAUCAAUAUCAACACCUCGUACACCACCCGUAACAAGAAUCUCCUUAGAAAAUAAAGCAAAUACACCAAACAACGAAGCUACGAUUAUAAAUCCUGAUGUUUACUUAGAUUAUCAUCAUAUCGAUCACAUAAAUGAACAAGUUCCUAUUAAGGACACCACCGUCACUAAUACGACUGUCGGUCCUCAUACAAUCUGCUUAGACAGUGAUGAAGAAGAUCCUGUAAGACAUGAGACGGCUAAAGGCACCGUUACCAAUCCAGCUACAAAUAUAAAAAUUACUCAACUGCCUGUCUCUGUUACGACAAUGGCAUCGAAUGUCGUACCACUUCAAAGCCCAUCAACUUUAAACACUCCCGUGUCUGGUACUCCAGAAGUACCGAAUUUCGCACCAGAUAAUCGAAUUGAGAUUCUUUUAGAUGAAUUACAGCAAAUAGAGGAAAGAAAAAAAACUUCGGACUCUGAUGACUUGGUAAUGAUUUCUGACGAUUCCACAAGUUGUGCAGAAUUUAAAACUGAUACUAGUAGAAAAAAUGAGAAAGGCACGAAAAUCAAGCUCUUGUCACCAAAACCUGUAAAGAAAAAAAUACAAAAAAUGGCACAAUAUCCGCCAGCAGAAGAUAAAAAAAAAUCUUCGACUUCUUCAAGUCCACCAAAGCUUCAAACUUCUAUUCCAGAAGGAGUCCCCGUUGAACUAAUUGGAAGUUCAACAAAUUCAUCCUCCCAACAAUCAACGAUGGCACCUGCUGUAUGCAUUAUUUCCGACGAUGAUGAACAUUUCCUCGUCAGUGAUGAAGAUUCUGUUUACCUGAUUAACGAACCUUUUCCGCUAGGAAGCGAAAAGUCUCCCACUCAGAAAAAUUUUUCUCAGAAUAACGAGGUAGUAAGUGAUACUCCAUCAAUAUCAACACCUCGUACACCACCCGUAACAAGAAUCUCCUUAGAAAAUAAAGCAAAUACACCAAACAACGAAGCUACGAUUAUAAAUCCUGAUGUUUACUUAGAUUAUCAUCAUAUCGAUCACAUAAAUGAACAAGUUCCUAUUAAGGACACCACCGUCACUAAUACGACUGUCGGUCCUCAUACAAUCUGCUUAGACAGUGAUGAAGAAGAUCCUGUAAGACAUGAGACGGCUAAAGGCACCGUUACUAAUCCAGCUACAAAUAUAAAAAUUACUCAACUGCCUGUCUCUGUUACGACAAUGGCAUCGAAUGUCGUACCACUUCAAAGCCCAUCAACUUUAAACACUCCCGUGUCUGGUACUCCAGAAGUACCGAAUUUCGCACCAGAUAAUCGAAGUGAGAUUCUUUUAGAUGAAUUACAGCAAAUAGAGGAAAGAAAAAAAACUUCGGACUCUGAUGACUUGGUAAUGAUUUCUGACGAUUCCACAAGUUGUGCAGAAUUUAAAACUGAUACUAGUAGAAAAAAUGAGAAAGGCACGAAAAUCAAGCUCUUGUCACCAAAACCUGUAAAGAAAAAAAUACAAAAAAUGGCACAAUAUCCGCCAGCAGAAGAUAAAAAAAAAUCUUCGACUUCUUCAAGUCCACCAAAGCUUCAAACUUCUAUUCCAGAAGGAGUCCCCGUUGAACUAAUUGGAAGUUCAACAAAUUCAUCCUCCCAACAAUCAACGAUGGCACCUGCUGUAUGCAUUAUUUCCGACGAUGAUGAACAUUUCCUCGUCAGUGAUGAAGAUUCUGUUUACCUGAUUAACGAACCUUCUCCGCUAGGAAGCGAAAAGUCUCCCACUCAGAAAAAAUUUUCCCAGAAUAACGAGGUAGUAAGUGAUACUCCAUCAAUAUCAACACCUCGUACACCACCCGUAACAAGAAUCUCCUUAGAAAAUAAAGCAAAUACACCAAACAACGAAGCUACGAUUAUAAAUCCUGAUGUUUACUUAGAUUAUCAUCAUAUCGAUCACAUAAAUGAACAAGUUCCUAUUAAGGACACCACCGUCACUAAUACGACUGUCGGUCCUCAUACAAUCUGCUUAGACAGUGAUGAAGAAGAUCCUGUAAGACAUGACGGCUAA